AUGGAUGGGAUGCGGCCUGGCUCUGCCGAUGACACAGACGCUAUCUCUAAGACGGACUCCUCUCGCCCCGACUACACGGAUCGCUGGCAUCCCCCCUGCGCGCUGAUAGGCUGGCCCGCUCCUCCCUCCGGGGCACGGGCCGCGCGCAGCCGGCUCGAGGAAGCCGCUCCGAGUCCCGCAGGCUGCGCUCCGGCCGCGGAAGGCGCGGAGCUCGGGCCCGGGUCCUGCCCGCGGGGCGCGCGGUCCGGCGGGGCUGGACGCUGUGGCGGAGCCGGCCCGGCCCCCGGGCGCCUGAGGACGCAGAGCGGGGACAUGGACUGCUAUCUGCGCCGCCUCAAGCAGGAGCUGAUGUCCAUGAAGGAGGUGGGCGACGGCCUGCAGGACCAGAUGAACUGCAUGAUGGGGGCGCUGCAGGAGCUGAAGCUCCUCCAGGUGCAGACGGCCCUGGAGCAGCUGGACAUCUCCGGGGGGGCCAGUCCCCGCACACGGCGGGAGCCCCCUCCCUGGGAGGGCGGCAGAGGGGCCCCCCCCUCCGGCCACGCUUCUCCCGGGAGCAGAGCCCGGUGCCCGUCCGGCAGGAGCGUGCGGGGCAGGGAGCCGGCUCUCGGACCCAGGACCCAGCUGCCAGAGCUGCCAGGCUGUGGCGAGCAGAGGCCCGGGCUGGGGGAGCCGGACGACUGGACCUCCACGCUGAUGUCCCGCGGCCGGAACCGCCAGCCGCUGGUGAUGGGGGACAAUGUGUUCGCGGACCUGGUGGGCAACUGGCUGGACCUGCCGGAGCUGGAGAAGGGGGAGCCCCGGGGGGCGGCGGGGCCCGGGGCAGAGCGGGACCGGCCCCGGGAGCGGGGCCGCAGGCUCGCCCUGACCGCCAGCAUCUUCCGGAAGUUCCUGCGCAGCGUGCGGCCCGACCGCGACCGGCUGCUGAAGGAGAAGCCGGGCUGGGCGGCCCCCGCGGCCUCGGAGCCCCGGGCCGGGCGCUUGCACAAGGCCAAGAAGCGGGGCCACCCCAAGGGUUCGGGGCAUCAUCUCCCCUCCCGGGGCGCGGGGGAGCCCACGUCCCCCGGCUGCCCCAAGGCCCCGGAGGCGGCGCCCUCCGGCUUCGACAUCAACACUGCGGUCUGGGUCUGAUCCCCGCACAGAGGUGGUCUGAACCCCAAACCCUGCGGGGCCCUGGGGACGCGGCUGGCGCGGCGUCCCAAAGCCCAGCUCCGGGUUCCUUUUCCCCAGAGAAGAGGAUGCCAGGCGGCCUGUGGUGGGGAGACGGUGACGGCCGGCUGGCAGGGGAGUGUGUGUGUGUGUGUGUGUGUGUGUGUGUGUGUGUGUCUCAUUCUGGGCUGGAGGGGGUGAAAGGGGAGGAGCCCAGACAAUCCUUCUGACCGUCCUCACUCUCCCCAAAGACCCAGGUGAACGUUCUAUAUGGACUAGGGCCUCAGGGCCUCGGGCUCCUCAGAGAAGCCCCCAAUAAAGAUCUCAACUCUCGUGUC